UCAAGGCAUUAGUAGUUUCCUUUCAACCUUUGUGGAGCAAUAGUUAUGCUAACAUUUAUGUACUAUUCUAUAAUUCUAUUUCACAAAUAUUAAAUCUCAUAUUCCUAAAAUGCUCAGCAAUCUACAAAAUGUCCGCUUAGAGAUGAAAUUUAAACAUGAUUGGACUAAAUCAGUGAAGGACGUACCUAAUCGGGAGUAAGAAAGGUUUUUUUCUUUUCAUCGUUUUCAAGAAAUUGAGAAGCUGUGGGUUCAACAGACUUGAAAUGACACCUAAAAUAGCAAGAAUGAAGCAAAUGGUGUAGGCUCUUCUCCUUCAUGCUUCUGCUCUAGUUUUGUUUUAGAUCAGUAAAUUUUUAGGCACAUCAUUACUAUAUUUUUGAACUAAGGUUGCUUUUGAUUAUUUUUAUAAUUGAAAGAGAUGUACAAUGGUAUUGUUGUUACCUCUUGCAGAAAAGGAUUAAAUGAAAUUGCUGAUAGUCUUCAUCCAUUUCUUCCACUCUCUGGCCUCUGCACAUUGGAAAACACAAGAGGCUCAUGAAUGAACCAACUGAGUUUUUUACAACUGCACAAACUCAGAGAUUCCAAUUUGUGUGACCUAACAAACCAUCUACCCAUCCCCAAAUCAAUGGAAGUGAAAUGUAAAAUUGUUCUUGAUAUAAAGCGUAAACUUAAUGUAAUGUUUUGUGUUUAAGUUAAUGAAAUGAGUCCUAACCAUUGUCUUGGAAAUACGAUUCUCUUUCUUUUGUUUACCAUCUUUGAAUCAAAGGGAAUGCAUAUGGUAUCAAAUGAAGUUGGCUUCACUGCACGUUUGAUUCACCAUGAUUCACCUUUAUCACCAUUUUACAAUCACACCAUGACAGACACUGCAAGGAUAGAGGCAACCGUUCAUCGUUCUAGGUCGCGACUGAAUUAUCUGUAUUACAUCAACAAGUUAUCAGAGAAUGCAUUGGACAAUGAUGUGUCACUAUCACCAACAUUAGUUAACGAAGGUGGUGAGUACCUUAUGAGUUUCAACAUUGGAAAUCCUUCAAGUCAAGUGAUGGGAUUUUUAGACACAUCAAAUGGUCUUAUUUGGGUGCAAUGCUCAAACUGCAAUAGCCAAUGUGAACCAGAAAAAAGAGGCCUCACCACCAAGUUUCUCUCGUCCAAAUCCUUCACCUAUGAGAUGGAACCAUGUGGCUCUAACUUUUGCAAUUCCUUAACUGGCUUCCAGACCUGCAAUUCAUCUGACAAAUGGUGCAAAUAUAGAUUAGUGUAUGGAGAUAAUAAAGCAACAAGUGGAAUUCUUUCAUCUGAUAGUUUUGGUUUUGAUACCUCUGAUGGGAUGCUUGUGGAUGUUGGCUUUUUGAACUUUGGCUGUUCAGAAGCUCCUUUAACAGGAGAUGAACAAAGUUAUACAGGGAAUGUGGGCCUGAACCAAACACCUUUGUCAUUAAUUUCUCAAUUGGGUAUAAAAAAGUUCUCCUACUGCUUGGUUCCUUUCAAUAAUUUAGGAUCAACAAGUAAAAUGUAUUUUGGAUCAUUACCUGUAACUUCAGGGGGUCAAACACCUUUGUUAUAUCCCAAUUCAGAUGCUUAUUAUGUGAAGGUUCUUGGAAUCAGCAUUGGGAAUGAUGAGCCACACUUCGAUGGAGUUUUUGAUGUAUAUGAGGUCAGAGACGGGUGGAUCAUAGAUACAGGAAUAACAUACUCAAGUCUUGAAACAGAUGCAUUUGAUAGUUUGCUAGCUAAAUUCCUUACACUAAAAGAUUUUCCACAGAGAAAAGAUGACCCUAAAGAAAGAUUUGAGUUGUGCUUUGAAUUACAAAAUGCAAAUGAUUUAGAGUCAUUUCCAGAUGUCACAGUUCAUUUUGAUGGUGCAGAUUUAAUUCUAAAUGUAGAAAGUACCUUUGUGAAGAUAGAGGAUGAUGGAAUUUUCUGCCUUGCCCUUCUACGUUCUGGAUCUCCAGUUUCGAUAUUAGGGAACUUUCAGCUGCAAAACUACCAUGUUGGGUAUGACCUUGAAGCUCAAGUUAUUUCCUUUGCUCCUGUUGAUUGUGCUGAUUCUUAACAUUAGAUACUGCUUCCUCGUGUGGUUAUAUGUCUAACCAUUUGCAACAAUUUAUUACCAAAUCCAUAUAAUUUGGUUUUCAUCCAACCAAAAUAUUGACAACUUUGUUAAAAGAUUUCUCAUUCCCAAUUGGAAGAUGAGAUGACAUUUCAAAAUUAGUGUAGACUUCUCCUCAUGUAUUUUUUUCUAAAAAUAUAAAACAAUUCAAUACAAAGUAUGACAUUUCAAGAUUA